UUCUCUUCAUUCCGUCAACCAGGAGAAACAAUGGCUUGCAGUCGAGGCACAUUCCUAUUUGCCACCCUCGCCGUCCUGUCAAUCCUAUCACUCCCAAGGGCGACGCAUGGCUGGGCGAACGGCGGAGCGACGUGGUACGGCGGCCCGUCCGGCGACGGCAGCGAAGGUGGCGCGUGUGGUUAUAAAAGCGACGUCGGCCAGGACCCGUUCUCGUCGAUGAUCGCCGCCGCCGGAGCGGCCCUCUUCAAGAAAGGCAAAGGCUGCGGUGCAUGCUAUCAGGUAAGGUGCAAAGAUAACCCGGAAUGCUCCGGCAAACACGUGACCGUCGUCAUCACCGACGAGUGCCCCGACGCGCAGUGUCAGAAGAGGCCGCACUUCGACAUGAGCGGCACCGCCUUCGGCGCCUUGGCCAAGCCCGGCAUGGCCGAUAAACUCCGUAACGCCGGAGUCCUCAAUAUCGAAUUCGAGAGGGUGCCGUGCAAGUACCAUGGCAAGAAGAUUAGCUUCAAGAUGGACUCGGGUGCCAACCCAUACUACCUCGCCAUGCUGGUCGAAUACGAGGCCGGCGACGGAGACCUCGCCUCAGUGGAAGUCAUGGAGGCAGGCGGUAAAAAAGGCAGCGUCAAGUGGGAAAAGAUGCGGCAGUCGUGGGGCGCCCUGUGGUGCAUGGACUCCAAGAGCGGGAAGCCUCUCGAAGCCCCAUUCUCCUUCCGGCUCACCUCGGGUUCCGGCAAGGUGCUCGUCGCCAACAAUGUCGUCCCCGCCGGGUGGAGUGCUGGGAAGGCUUACCAGUCCAACGUGAACUACCCCGCCUGAAGGCCUGCUGGUGGCGGAGCCAGGACUCUUUCGAGCGUGGACAAGCCACAAGCCAAGUAAAUGGCGAACAACCGAUAUGAGUACCUUAAAAAUGGUGAACAAUUCGUGAUCCUCAAUCGGAUGGAUACAUUUCAUCAUGUAAUUAUAAGUACAAAAUAACAAACUCGGAGAUCUGUUGGAAAUUAGCACUCACUUAUUUUGUUUAGUAUUAAUUCAAAGAUCAUUGGUUUUUUCUUACGG